GCGCGAAGAGAAUCUAGACGCUACCACCACCAUAUCCACAAUGCACACUGCCGCCGCCUCGCACCACUGGGCACGCCGUGUACACACAGUGACAGGAUCCGCACGGAAUGUGUGACGUUCCAUGUCUGCCCUCGCCCCGCACCGCGCGGCGGACUGAGGUCGGAGAGUGACGCGACGAUCACGUGCGCAACAGGGCAGCCAAUGGGCGGGUCGCGCGAUGUGACGUGGGAAGGUGGAGCGUACGCAACAUGGCGGCUGAGUGAGAGCAGCGGCGGCAGGAGGAGAGAAACAGGUACCUUUGUGGGUGAAUGUUGCCAGGACCCUAGUGAUGUGAAAAUGACUCAGGGGAAGAAAAAGAAGAGAGUGAACCGCAGUGUUCUUCUCGCCAAAAAAAUUAUCAUCAAAGACGGCGGCUCGCCUCAGGGGUUUGGUUCUCCCAGCGUUUAUCAUGCAGUCAUCGUGAUCUUCCUCGAGUUCUUUGCUUGGGGUUUGCUUACGGCUCCAACCUUGGUGGUUUUACAUGAAACGUUCCCCAAGCACACAUUUCUGAUGAAUGGCCUCAUCCAGGGCGUAAAGGGUUUAUUGUCCUUCCUCAGUGCACCUUUGAUAGGGGCACUGUCAGACGUAUGGGGAAGAAAGUCUUUCUUGCUGUUAACAGUAUUCUUCACCUGCGCUCCCAUACCACUGAUGAAGAUCAGUCCAUGGUGGUACUUUGCAGUUAUAUCUGUGUCAGGUGUUUUUGCUGUCACCUUUUCUGUGGUAUUUGCUUACGUGGCAGAUAUCACACAGGAGCAUGAGAGGAGUAUGGCGUAUGGACUGGUAUCUGCCACAUUUGCAGCUAGUCUGGUCACUAGUCCAGCCAUUGGAGCUUACCUGAGCCAUGUGUACGGUGACUCUCUUGUGGUGUUACUGGCAACAGCCAUUGCACUGCUUGACAUCUGUUUCAUCUUAGUAGCUGUUCCAGAAUCUCUUCCAGAGAAAAUGAGACCAGCUUCUUGGGGCGCCCCAAUUUCAUGGGAACAGGCUGACCCAUUUGCAUCUCUGAAGAAGGUUGGCCAGGAUUCCAUUGUGUUGCUCAUCUGUAUCACUGUAUUCCUCUCCUACCUCCCCGAGGCUGGACAGUAUUCCAGCUUCUUUCUGUACCUCAGACAGAUAAUGAAAUUUUCACCGGAAAGUGUAGCUGCCUUCAUAGCAGUACUGGGCAUCUUAUCCAUUAUUGCACAGACCAUUGUCUUGAGUCUACUCAUGAGAUCUAUUGGAAACAAGAACACAAUAUUGCUGGGUCUGGGCUUCCAGAUAUUGCAGCUGGCUUGGUAUGGCUUCGGAUCAGAACCUUGGAUGAUGUGGGCUGCUGGAGCUGUUGCUGCUAUGUCCAGUAUUACAUUCCCUGCAGUGAGCGCCUUGGUUUCACGGACUGCAGAUGCUGACCAGCAAGGUGUUGUGCAAGGGAUGAUCACAGGAAUCCGGGGGCUGUGCAAUGGGCUUGGACCUGCCCUGUAUGGCUUUAUAUUUUACAUCUUUCAUGUGGAACUGGAUGAAAACCCUAUUGGAGAUACAGAUCAGAAGGACAAGGUGGCAACGUCGCAUUUACAACAGAUUUCGAUCAUCCCUGGACCUCCCUUUCUGUUUGGAGCCUGCUCAGUGUUACUGGCUCUGCUUGUAGCUUUGUUUAUUCCAGAACACACCAAUAUGAACGUUCGCAGUGGAAACUGGAAGAAGCAUGGCGCAGGGCAUAGCCAUCCACACAGUCCCCCAGCACCUGGUGAGGGCAAGGAGCCUCUUCUGCAGGACACAAAUGUAUGACAGACGUUGUAUUGGCUUCUGCUGCUCAUGUAGUUGCAUUCCAAUCAGUAAUAAGCUGAGGCAUCUGCAGGACCAACUUGUUUCCUCUAACAUGGAAGAGCUGACCAAGUGUCCUCUCCACUGACAGGACCAACCCCUGGCCCUCUCCACCGAAGGGAUGUCUGUCCUGUGGCCUCCGUUCCAGCAGGGCAAAUCUCCAGCCUUUUCUACCUACAACCUGAUUGUGUCCAUCAGAAUAUGUAUAAAGUGUAUACCACCUCUC